GAAAAGAAGGAGAGAAGUUACACAUGAGCAGAGUGUUCAAUGGAAGAACAAUGAAGGAUCGGCAGAGGGAGAGAUUCCUAGUUAAAAACGAGCGUAAAAUGUUCCGGACAUGUCACGCAGCGAUAUGACUAGAAAUCGAAACAGUUGAGCUUGAGAGGCGACGACGAACAGCUGAUUCACAAUUCACAGAGAUUGCGGUGGUUCGUGAUUGUACUAACUAUAAUAAGUGCAGGACUAUAGAGUCAACUACACACGCCUGUCAGCGAAUCAGCAAUAAAAAGUGUUAUAUGGAAAAUCCGAGACACCAGUCGAGAUAUAACCAUGGUUUCGCCGUCGGUUUGCAACCCUUUACCCUACGUAUUGAACAGGCAGAUACACGAUCACUUCAAUUUCACCAAACGUCUCGUCAACGCCAGGCUUGGCUGCUCCGAGAAUUUGUUUAGAAAAGAUCUUCAGUCGCAUUACGGUUGCGUUAAUGCGAUCGAAUUUUCCAAAGAAGGAGAAUUACUUGUCUCCGGUGGCGAUGACAGAAGGGUUUUAUUAUGGCAGGUUGAACAAGCGAUUCAGGGUGUUGGAAAACCGGCAGUUAUGAAAGCUCAACAUGCCAGUAAUAUAUUCUGCCUGGGAUACGACAGCACAAAAGCGAAAAUAUUUUCAGCUGGAAACGACGACCAAGUCAUUGUUCACGACUUGAAAACCGGAGACCCGCUGAAUUAUUUUCUUCACGAAAAGCCGGUGUACGGCUUAUCGAUUCAUCCGCACAACGACAAUGUCUUCUCAAGCGCAUGCGACGACGGGAGAGUGCUCAUAUACGAUAUCAGAGAUUCUUCGUCUACGGAAACCUUUUGUCUUGCUCAGUACAAGUCGGCUUUUCAUUCUGUUAUGUUCAAUCCGUCAGAGCCAAGAAUGCUUGCCACCGCAAAUGCCAAGGAAGGUGUUAGUAUGUGGGAUGUUCGAAAGCCUCUAGAAGCUGUAUUACGAUAUGGCGCCGAAGGUACGUCGCAAAGCUGUAUGAACGUAAGGUAUAACGCUGCUGGUACAAAAUUGUUGGCUUUGAGAAGGCGACUUCCUCCGGUAUUGUACGCCGUCGAAUCUCCGGCAAAUCUUUGCCAGUUCGAUCAUCCUGGCUAUUACAACAGCUGCACAAUGAAGUCUUGCUGUUUUGCCGGUGACGACGACCAGUACGUCCUCUCUGGAUCAGAUGACUUCAACCUGUAUAUGUGGAAAAUUCCAAUGGAUAAUGAGAAAUGGGUAGACUCUGCACAUAUGGUUCUCCGUGGACACAGAUCCAUUGUAAAUCAAGUUCGUUUUAAUCAGUCCAGUUGUAUCCUUGCCUCCUCGGGUGUUGAAAAGAUUAUAAAAAUUUGGAGCCCGUUUCCACUUGGCAAUGGUUGUCUUGGUGGUUUGAAGAGGGAUGCUGGAAAGCAGGAGAGACAACGUAAAGUCUUCACACAUGAUGAAUAUGUUAGUCUGGUACUGCGUAGUGGUCAAUUCAUGACCCACGAUUACAGUCAUCAGUCAACUCGCGAAGAUCCUCGUAUGAUGGCCUUCUUCGAUUCCCUUGUUCAAAGAGAAAUAGAGGGUUGGAACUCUGAGGAUGCCCCACCUGGUCCCCAGACCCCGAGUGACUCGGAACACAAUCCGACGAUAGGACGCACAUACAACGGCAGUGAUUCUGAUGACUCGACUGCCUCAGACCGCCAGCUGAUGCUGAGCAUAUUGGGCUCUGCGAUCGGUUCUCGCAGUUUGACAAGUGGUGGCGUGGUACCUGAAAGACCUUCGGAAUCACCGAAUCGUAUUACACAGUUGAUAGCAAACAGAAGAGAGAAGCUCAUGAGGUUAGCAGCCCUGGAAGGUGGAGCGACUGUAAAUGCCUCGACGAACACUGUAAAUCAUCUAGACUCAGUUACGGACAGUGAUAAAGAUGAUAGUAAAACAAAGUGUAAGUCUAAGAGCAAAUCGAAAGGUGCUAAAGUAAAACAUGGAAGAAUAUCGAGAAUCAAAUUUCGGGUCAAGAGGAAAUUACCAAUAAAGAAAGAGGAUAGUGACACGCACAGCGAUGUUCAACCGUUGGACGCAGAACAGCCCAGCACAAGCUCCGGUGUUGUUUCACGGAGAUCAAGAUACGCAGCGAGAUCUAUCGGCAAUGACAAAGAUUCGACUACCAGCAGCGAAGACGAACGACCUGCGGAGAAGUGUAGAAAACAAAAAACUGACUCGGAUUGUUCGACCAAACUUCACAGACUGAAAAAGUGGCGACGUAAAAACGUGAAACAUGAAAUAUCGGCGGAAAACCACGCUAGGCAAUUAAGAACAGACAAUGAUACGGAGAAAGAAGUAGUUCCUAAGUCUCAAACAGAUAUUGUAAAUAACACGAGCGUGCGUAGAACACGAGCGGAACAAUCGGUAACGCCGCACAAAAGGAGGUCGAAAAUUCCUCCAACUCCGGAUAGCGGAAUUUCGGGAGUCUCAACGGUCGAAAAAUCGCUGGAGGAAGUUCGAAAGGCGUGGCUCGGCGGUGACAGUUCUGAUCAUGAACAAAAAAAGAGAAAUUUGGAAUGUUUUAGAAAAAAAGUUGACAUUGCACGACAAAGUUAUCGACAUCGGUGUAACCCGUACACAGAAUUUCCUGGUAACAGUAGUGAUUCGUCUGAUUAAAUGGAUCUUUGUCACCCGUUUCCUCUUGUACAUAUUGAAUCUGUGAUUCCCUAAAAUAUAUAUUUUUAUAAUAUUAAGUUUGAUGGCUCCGAAUUUUUGAGCAAAAUGAUUGUUUUUUUUUUUCUUUCUCGUAUUUCUUUUUCUAAACGCAUUUGCAAUAUUAUAAGCCUUUUUAUUCGUAACUGUGUCAUCGCAUCCAUUUGAUAGGUGUAUAUUAUUAUAAACGUGAUUCGUGCAUACUAAUUAUUCGGUUUGGUAGCGAAAAGUACGUCGAAAUUCUUUAAAUAUAUAUCAAGGCUAUUACCGAUAGCUGUGAACGAAGUCGAGGAAUUCUUUUAGCUCAAUACAAAUAUGUACGUACAAUCGUCACUCUUUGUAUUAACUCAAUUCUAAUACUUGUAACUUUGGAAUGAGAAUAAAUUGUGAUUUAACAGGG